AUGGCGUCGUCGGUUUCCGCGCUCCACGGCGCCGCCCUCGCGCGCGCGAUGGCGUCGAAGCGCUCCGCGUUCGCGACGUCCGCGUCGGAUUCGUCGUCGUCGUCGUCGAAUAAGACGUCGGGAUUCGGAUACCGACGCCGCCGACCGUCGACGUCCGCGCCGCGACGCGCCGUCGCGCGCCCCCGCGCGAUGGCGUCCGACGGCGGCGACGACGAGGGCUUCCUGAGCAAGAUCAACCCGUUCAAGGCGGUCGCCAAGGCGAAGGAGAAGAGCGCGAUCGCGAAGCGCGAGGCGGACAAGAAUUCCAUCAUCAACGACGACCUCCGCAAGCAGCUCUUCGGGGACGGGCUCCUCGGGAAGGUCGCCGCCGGGGUCAUCAACAACGCCGCGGGCGCGCUGAAGAACCAGAUGGCGGAGAGCAUGGAGGCGAGCCAGGAGGCGUACGACGCCGCGACGCGCGCGGUCAGGAUGGACGCCGCGACGCGCGAGCGCCUCGGCGGGGACAUGACGUUCACGCCGCCGAUGUCGCAGAUGAGCUCGUCGAUGAACGUCAACGGCGUCACGAGGCAGAGCGUGCAGAUCGGGUUCAUCGCGCAGAGCGCGCGCGGCGACGGGCGCAGCGCGUCGUGCAACGCGACGGGCGUGAGCGACGGGAGCGCCGGGGGGAGGAUGGAGGUGGAGGUGGACGUGCGGUUCGACGACGGCGGGUUGAUCAAGGUGGCGGGCGGCGGCGGCGGCGAUUUCGGCGGCGGCGCGGCGGGGGACGUCGAGGUGCUCAGCGGCGGCGGGGACGGGGGAGGGUCGUCCCGGGCGUCGUCUUACGGAGGGUCGUCGAGCGCGUCGAGCGCGGUGAUCGACGUGGACGUGGAGACGAUCGACGUGGACGUGGACGACGUCGAGGACAAGUAG